UCUGUCAUUGCCCCCAGAGCCAUGGUGAGCUUCUUAACAGAGACCAAAGUCAUUUCCUACAGGGGAUGUGCCACUCAAUUAUUUUUCUUCGGUCUCUUUGUAAGUACUGAGACAUUCAUCCUGACAGCCAUGGCAUAUGAUCGAUACACUGCCAUCUGCGACCCGCUCCUGUAUCCCACCACCAUGUCCAUGUCAGUCUGCAUUCAGCUGGUGAUUGGGUCCUAUCUCUGUGGCAGCGUGAACGCCAUGGUGCAAACCAGCUUCACCUUUACUCUGCGCUUCUGCGGCUCUAAUGAGAUCGAUCACUUCUUCUGUGAUGUUCCACCCCUGCUAACCCUCUCAUGCACUGACACAUACAUCAAUCAAAUGGUGAUGUUUGCCUUAUCAGGCAUCAUCAUAGUGAGCACUGCCCUGAUCAUUCUCGUCUCAUAUGUUUAUAUCAUCUCUGCUGUCCUCCAAACUCACUCUGCUGAAGGCAGGCAUAAGACCUUCUCCACCUGCACCUCCCACAUAGUAGCUGUGAGUUUAUUUUAUGGGACUGUUUCCUUCAUGUAUGCCGAGCCAAGUUCAUUGUCCUUUCCAGAUCAGAGCAAAGUGGUGUCUGUGUUUUACACCCUGGUCAUCCCCAUGUUGAAUCCCUUCAUCUACAGCCUAAGGAACAAGGAUGUGAAAGAAGCUUUGAGAAGAACCAUAGGCUGCAUAAUGGUUUUGAAAUGA